GAGAAGCAACGGGACAAGAGAAGAGACAGGUGCUGUAUGAGCAUUGGUCAAACUUUAUCUGCAGCCACACGGAAGACACAGUGAGCCUGUUCAGGUGUGUGUACGAGUCAUGAAGGGGAUGCUGCCGCUGGAGACACUCACCAUCGGCCCCAUGGUGGUUGACACAGUGUCUGAAGUCACCGCCCUCCUGCUUCUUCUUCUUCUGCUGCUGCUGAUGCUCUUCACCGCCUGGAGCCGAACAAACCAGUCACACAUAUCAGGUCCUCCUUUCUUGGCAGGACUCGGUCCCAUUAUCUCCUAUGCCAGGUUCAUCUGGACCGGGAUCGGAACAGCGUGCAACUACUACAACAACAAAUAUGGCAGCAUUGUCCGGGUGUGGAUUAAUGGCGAGGAGACCCUCAUUAUAAGCAGGUCCUCAGUAGUGUAUCAUGUUUUGAGGAGCGCCCACUACACGGCCAGAUUUGGGAGCAAAAAGGGGCUGCAGUGUAUUGGGAUGGAAGGGAGGGGUAUCAUUUUCAACAGCGAUGUCCCACUCUGGAAAAAAAUGAGGACAUACUUUUCUAAAGCCCUGACAGGCCCCAGCCUCCAGAGGACAGAGGCAAUCUGUGUGAGCUCCACUGCCAAACACCUGGACAGCCUGCAGGAGAUGACCGACUCCUCCGGACAUGUGGAUGCUCUCAAUCUGCUGAGGGCCAUAGUGGUGGACAUCUCCAACAGGCUUUUCCUCAGGGUGACGCUCAAUGAGAAGGACUUGCUGAUGAAAAUCCAAAACUACUUUGAGACCUGGCAAACGGUUCUAAUAAAGCCUGAUAUAUUCUUCAAGAUUGGAUGGCUGUACAACAGGCAUAAGAAAGCAGCCCUCGAGCUGCAAGAUGAGAUGGAGAGCCUACUCAGGAUUAAAAGACAAAUUAUUGAUAAAACUGACAAGCUGGAUGAUGAUGUCGACUUUGCAACGGAGCUCAUCUUUGCACAGAACCACGGGGAGCUCUCAGCAGAUGACGUCAGGCAGUGUGUGCUAGAGAUGGUGAUUGCAGCACCUGACACACUGUCCAUCAGCCUCUUCUUCAUGCUGAUGCUGCUGAGACAAAACCCAGACAUUGAGCUGAGGAUAGUGGAGGAGAUGAACACAGUCUUGGCUGACAAAGGAAACAUUUGUUAUCAAAGUUUGAACGUGCUGGAGAGUUUCAUCAACGAGGCUCUGAGGUUUCAUCCUGUGGUUGAUUUCACAAUGCGGAAAGCUCUGGAAGACGACAGCAUCGAAGGCACUGAGAUCAGGAAAGGAACCAACAUCAUUCUCAACAUUGGUCUUAUGCAUAAGACUGAAUUCUUCCCCAAAGCAAAAGAGUUCAGCCUGACGAAUUUUGACAAAACAGUGCCCACUCGUUUCUUCCAGCCCUUCGGCUGCGGGCCUCGUUCCUGCGUGGGCAAACACAUCGCCAUGGUGAUGAUGAAGGCCAUCUUGGUCACUCUGUUGUCUCGUUACACAGUGUGUCCUCAUCAAGGCUGCACCCUCAACAGCAUCAGGCAGACCAACAACCUGUCGCAGCAGCCUGUGGAGGACGAGCACAGCCUGGCCAUGCGCUUCAUCCCCCGGACCGCACAACCUCGACACAGUCAGCUCUGAAACAUAGUGAUGCUGUUACAUUAUGGAUGAAAACCAUAGCACUGUAUAUGUUGAAGUGUGUAACUGCAUUAGGCCUGCUGAGCUGUUAAUACUCUCUUACACUCCACUCCUCCAGCUUCAUCAUAUUUCUAAGAAGUAAGAAAACAGUACAUUUGUGUGUCACAGCAUGUUUUGCAAAGCUUGACAAACCUGGGCUUUAAGGAAUUCAGUGUGAGGGUUCAGCCCACGCAGAGCAGUGCAAGAAUGAUUGUUUUGUCCAUGCGACACCAUGUGGAAAACCAGAAUCUUGGAGGGUCACAAAAUAAUUCUUGUGACAGAAACACCAGAAACAAUAUGGCACCAACUCACACUUCAGCUUGAAGAAAAUCUGGACCAAGACAAACAGCUGAAUGUUUUUCAUUUUGUUUUAUGUUAGUCAGUGUUAGUAUGUCGCAUUAAUAGUUUAUAUACACUAUGUGUUCGCAUUACAUCGGCAGUUAUUUGUACUAAAUAUAAUCAAGGUAACAAUAUGGUAUAGUGAGAAGUGUUAGUACACAUCAUGUUAUAAUUUCAGUACACACCACUUGAAUGAAUAAAUUAUUAGGAACAUGUACAUUAAUACGAUGUAUACUGAUGAACUGUAUUUCUCAUGUCAGAUCUGUAGUACCUUACAUGUAGAUGCAUUUGGGAGAUUUGUUUCUAGUUAAACACUGAGUAAUGGGACACCAAAUCAACAGAGGUACAACGUUACUAAUACUUUUUACAAGUUCAUUCAAUAAACACUGAGAUAUUUGUUCCCAUGUAGCAAAUAUUAAAUAUAGACCGAAAUGAGAAGAGA